AAUCGGAUGUUGACGAUUUUAUCAUUACGUGACUGCUGCAUGAUGACAACUAGACAACUAGCGUCUCAGCUAAACGAUACAAGUUCCACAUUUGAAGAUGCUAAUUACGAAUCGCAUUACUACCUAGCUAAUAUCAAAACGUGCUAUGGACAUAUGGCAUACGACUACUUCGCAGUGAAAUAGUCGAAGGAAAACUUCACAGGCCAAACUUCAGGAAAAGGAAAGAACAGCGACUCACAUGACAAUCAUUGUCCAAUGGGAACUCAUAUCUCUCUUUGGGGUUUCCCCUAGUUACCAUAGUCACAAAGUCAAAAUGGCCUAUUUGGUAACAUUCAUAUAAAUUAAAAUAGACUUUGUGGCUGUGGUAACUAGUGACGAGCUGUAAUCAUUAGUACAAACAGUCGCAAAACGUUCCUGAAAUGAGAGUUUCUAUCGGACAAAUUCAGAGCUGCUGACUCUCCCGGUCCCACCACCACUCCCAGCUCCACCUUACAACACCCUAAAUACUCCACUCCCUUUCUCUUAACGAUGGAGCAGCAACAUAUCCGCUGCGUGACCUGCCCGAGUCAGAGGUGCAUGACCAGGCCAGAACCCGGUAUCUCCUGUCACCUGCCCCCUAGUCUGUGGGGCCAUUUUCCACUCCUACAAAGGGCCGAGCACCUCCUCCUCUGUCCCCUGGAGAGAAUGCCCUGCCUGAACAGGGGUUUUGGCUGCCCUGACACUAGUGCAGACCUGGAUGCCUGCACACCAUGGAGUGGAACAGGUGGGCUAUCAGCUGCCUGGAUUACACAUCAUACGAGAGCUUGAGCUGGGGGGUGGAGGAGACAGAGCAGCUGGACAUGGCGCUGGCCCUGCAGGACCAUUACACACUGAUCAAGUCCCUCAAGGUGGUCCCAAUGGCGCCCACGGUCGAGAGAAAGCCACCUGUUUUCACCGUAGAGAGCGCGAGUGAGAGCAAGGACACUGCGUUGACAACGCAUUCGCCACCCUUGAUGAAACAGUCAUGACUACCAUUGACAACACAAUCACCACUACCAUUGACGACUCAUUCACCACCACCAUUGACGACGCAGUCACCACCACCACCAUUGACGACGCAGUCACCACCACCACCAUUGACGACGCAGUCACCACCACCACCAUUGACGACGCAGUCACCACCACCACCAUUGACGACCCAGUCACCACCACCACCAUUGACGACCCAGUCACCACCACCACCAUUGACGACACAGUCACCACCACCACCAUUGACGACACAGUCACCACCACCACCAUUGACGACACAGUCACCACCAACAUUGACGUCCCAGUCACCGCCACUGAGCUUAGCAAAGGAUAAAAUUGCUAACGGAAUAAAUGGUUUCAACGAGGACUGGUAUAGCAAGCUGUGCUAGUAUUUCAUCCCUCCACAAGACAUAGUCCCGACACAAAUCUAAGGUUUCUAAACAAGCCGGCUGGUCGUUCAUUCUAUCUGUUCGGUUGCCAGAGACGCGAGCCAGUCAUUCAGUCUUUGUUCUGUAUCUAUGGACGCGACCCAGUUGUUAGUUCUAAAUGUCCCAUUACCUUACUGGCUGUCAACGUUCUUAUCCCUUGCUAGCUAGCCAACUACGGCUAAUUUACAGUCAUGUCGAAAAGUGUAGCCAGAAUAACAACAAUGUAGCUGCAUUUGUUUAAGCUGUUUUCUAGUGACAUUUAUUUGGUUAUAUCCCAGAACAAUUAGCUAAUGGAGGCAUUAUGCCAGGAUUUCACCUGGCAUAUAAAAUGUGUUCUUGCGUUGUUCAGAGGAGCUAGCCAACAACACAGCUUACACAAUAACUUGAAAUUGAAGCUGGAAAGACUGCAAACUAGCUGCACUUGGUUUCGUUUUACCUGUUUCUUAUUGAUGUGUCUUUGUAUAUAUUCAUAAAUGAUGCUGCUUCAUGAUUUUGACUGGCUGAGGAAAGCUGCCUGCCUGUCUGUUCCAAGCGGGCUGUCAUGUGCCUUUACCUGAGGAGUUCAUGACACGUUCAUUACUAUGCGACAGCUAGCCGGCUGGAAUGCGGAUUUAACCAAUCAGCAUUCAGGAUUAGACCCACCCGUUGUAUAUAACUAUAUUUACAACCUCGUCUGAGGAUUUACAUUCCCAGUCUAGGAUUUUAAAGUGCCACUGCCACCAUAUAGGCCUUUCUUAUUGUUUGUACAAUAGCACUGAUGUUGAUUCCCUUACCCUAUACCCCUUUAAAUGUUAACUAGACUGGAGUGAACUUUCCUGCCUUACUAAUGCUUUCUUACCUGUUCUGUUCAGGCAGGUGUGGAGAUUCAGCACUGCCUUUAGUGAGUGGCGGUUCGGCGAAGUCUCCAGUAUGUCUGACCUUCUGAGGAAGUGCCACUACAACACAGUUGAGCACAAGAUGGAGGGAGUUCCACUGCCGUCCAUGUGCACAGCCAGAGACAUAUCCCUCUGUCUUGAAACUCUAGGAGCAACACACAACCUUAGUGUAGCUAACAGAGGUUAGGUACUGGUGUCUAAUUUGAUUCAGGUUUUGAUGUUAUACAUAAAAAAGAAUUAUUGGAAAAGACUGUCCCAUGUUAUAUUGAGGUUGAAGGGUAAGAGCCUUUUAUGUAUGACCUUCUUGACACAGUUCCAGUGGCGGUAAAAUUGGACCUUUUAUUUAACUAGGCAAGUCCGUUAAGAACAAAUUCUUAUUUUCAAGGACGGUCUAGGACUGUCUAGGAACAGUGGGUUAACUGCCUUGUACAGGGGCAGAACGACAGAUUUUUACCUUGUCAGCUCGGGGAUUCGAGCUUGCAACCUUUCGGUUACUAGUUUAACGCUCUAACCACUAGGCGACCUGCCGUGUCAAUCGAAGGUACUGUUUAACAAUUUACCUCGCGUGGUUUGGUGUUUAAAUCGUGCCCCUAUUUUUGUAACGUGUUUGUCUUGGAGAGAGAAACAUGCAAAAGUUUGUUUUAUUUACUACUUUUCUGUGAGAUACUGACUAUACAGAGAAAGAAAUACAUAUUUUCUGUUUGUCUUGUUUGUUACUCAUAGCCAUGGGAUGAGCAAGUUGUUUGCCAUAUCACACCCUUUUUAUGCUAGCACUUUAAUGAAUUUUGCACUCUUAAACCCAUUUUCAAUUUACUGAAAUCAUCCUCCAUGAAAUUAAUCUGAAGGGCAAGUCUGCUCUCUGUGUGGGUUGGACCAGAAAGGGACCACAACACGCAAACUAAAACAGGGAGAGAAGACACAAGGUCCCAAUGGACAUUUCCCAACGAUGCAUGUGAUUCUGUUGCCAUUUAAUACAAAUAGUCUUUAAUACCA